ACCAGCGUAGCAUCAACUCUGACAGCUGUUGUGUCAGGAGAGAGCCUCCUGCCCUGCCGCAGAGGAUGGGCUCCAUCGCGCCAACGUGCAUUUUCAUCUCUGCUGGCCAUGAGGCUAAAAAACGCCGAUUCACAUGACCCAGGCACGGAGGCUUCCAAACUGCCUCCGUCUCUCCCAGUAGUGGAGGAAGGAGAAGGCGGUGCUGAAAGUCUGUCGAGACCCAAGGUGGGAAGAAACCUUACUGGCCAGUUUGAAAGCAUUUGGACCAGGAAUUACAGUGACCGAGCUCCCGGCCAUGGAAGCCUCCACCUGGCAGUACUAUGGAUAUUUACAGGAUGAGACAAGUAAGACGAGGGGGAGAGACUGCGCUGCUUCCCGGGGAGCCUCUGCAGGGACGUGCGAGGAUUGUACCCUUGGACAGGAGGGCCUGGGGCACAGGCGGGAGAGGAGGGACCUUCCUGACCCUGGCAGUGACACGCAAGCCCCUGCCAAGAAAUCAGAGAUGCGGAGCAGUGGGCAGAGAGGACAGUGUGGGCUGGCAGGGAACCUGGGCUUGGAAGACUAUCCCAUGUGGAAAGGGAGCAGGAGCAGGGAGGAGGGAGAAGCCCCUCCGAAGGUGUACGAAAUGGAGGUGGGGCACGGGCGAGCGGGCACGGGCAGGACGGUGAAGCCGGUGGUGUACAGGCUGGAGGAGAGUGAGUACAGGCGCCUGAUUGAAGAAGCAGAAGCAGAACCUGAAGAGGAAUGGGAGGCGACAGAGUACAAGGUACCUGUGAUGCAGGAGAGCUGCCCAGGUGAUGGGAAGGUGGCAAGUCCGAGCCUAAACAGACUCAAUGCUUUCCAGGGAGUCCUGAGGAGGCAGUUAAGCCGUUCGGACUCUGAAAGCAGUGCAGAGAACAGGCAAGUGAAUAAACUGACCCUGAACUCUCCCUCGGAGGGAAACAAGCCGAGUGUCCCCAUCAGGUCAGAUAGCUUUGAGCGAAAUGCCAUGCUCAUGGAUUACAUUUUGCAAAGCAAACAGGAGGCAACAACAUCUGUUUCCUACGUCCCCAGAGAAAGCAGCAAGGCAGCUGAAAGCUUCAGGCAGACAGCAAGCUUUGUCCCCCAGCCUGACGGCGCUCCGGACCUUUGCCAGAAUGGCCAGACUGGCGAGGAGGAUCCGGCCAGGAAGCCCGAGCCAGACAAGCAGGUAGUGAAGAGCCUCGAGAGAACGGUCUCUGCGGUUGCAAAUUAUGCUUCGGUGGCUAGAGACACUGGAAAGCUUUCGAGACAGAGCAGCAGCCAGCUCCUUGAGAGCAUGGAAUGGCUUGGAGGUGAGGCAGAUGCAGGGAUACUCGAUUCCUACAGCCCGAAAAAGACCCCACCGGUCCCUCCUGUCAGGUCCCACAGCAAAGAGAGCCUGGCUUUGAGUAUGAGCAAGACCGUGGCAAUGACGGAGGCGAUGUUGGAGCCCCGCGGCGAUGCGGCGAAGCCUGCCAAGGAGCAGUGGGCAGCUGCAGGCGCGGAGCAGCUAACUGGAGGCAGGACUGCAGGAGGAGGGGGCCCAGAGGAGCCCGAGCGGAAGGGGAGGAAGAGUCAGGAGGAUGAGAAAGUGCUUAAAGUUGCCGACGCCAAGAAAACCUUCGAAAAGCCCAAGCCGACAGAGGGGAAGGCAGCAACGCCACCGCCCAGCGUUGCCAGAAAAGACACAAUGAGGCGAGUGGUACGACAGAGCAAAUUUCGGCACGUCUUUGGCCAAGCAGUGAAAAACGACCAGUGUUACGAUGACAUCCGCGUCUCCCGCGUGACUUGGGAUAGCUCCUUCUGCGCAGUAAACCCCCGAUUCGUUGCAAUCAUUGUAGAUGCCAGUGGCGGCGGAGCGUUCCUGGUGCUGCCUCUGCACAAGACAGGCAGAAUUGACAAGUCCUACCCGACAGUGUGUGGCCACACGGGACCGGUGUUGGACAUAGAUUGGUGUCCUCAUAAUGAUCAGGUCAUCGCCAGUGGCUCCGAGGACUGCACUGUCAUGGUGUGGCAGAUUCCCGAGAAUGGACUCACCCUGUCCCUGACAGAGCCGGUGGUAGUGUUAGAAGGCCAUUCCAAGAGAGUUGGCAUUGUGGCGUGGCAUCCGACGGCACGCAACGUGCUGCUCAGUGCAGGUUGUGAUAAUGCAAUCAUCAUCUGGAAUGUGGGCACAGGUGAAGCCCUCAUAAAUUUGGAUGACAUGCAUGUGGAUAUGAUUUACAACGUGAGCUGGAAUCGCAACGGCAGCCUCAUCUGUACAGCUUCCAAAGACAAAAAAGUUCGAGUUAUUGACCCCAGAAAGCAAGAAAUCAUUGCUGAGAAAGACAAAGCCCACGAGGGAGCCCGACCCAUGCGAGCCAUUUUCCUCGCUGAUGGAAACAUCUUCACAACUGGCUUCAGCCGCAUGAGCGAACGGCAGCUUGCCCUCUGGAAUCCCAAAAACAUGGAAGAGCCAAUAGCCCUUCAUGAGAUGGACACCAGCAACGGAGUUCUGCUGCCGUUCUAUGAUCCAGACACCAACAUAAUUUACCUGUGUGGCAAGGGUGACAGCAGCAUUCGCUACUUUGAGAUCACGGAUGAAUCCCCCUACGUUCACUACCUCAACACCUUCAGCAGCAAAGAGCCGCAGAGGGGCAUGGGGUUCAUGCCAAAGAGGGGCCUUGAUGUGAACAAGUGUGAGAUUGCCAGGUUCUUCAAGCUUCACGAGAGGAAAUGCGAGCCCAUCAUCAUGACGGUUCCUCGAAAGUCGGACCUCUUCCAGGAUGACCUGUACCCUGAUACGGCUGGCCCAGAAGCAGCUCUGGAAGCAGAGGAGUGGUUUGAGGGGAAGAAUGCUGAUCCCCUUCUCAUCUCCUUGAAGCACGGGUACAUUCCAGGCAAGAACAGGGAUCUGAAGGUGGUCAAGAAGAACAUACUGGACAACAAGCCUGCCGCAAACAAGAAAAGCGAUCUCAUAAAUGCUCCAAAGAAAGCAGCUGAUGCCUCAAACCCCCAAAACGAAGCCAAAUUGGAUGAGAUUUUGAAAGAGCUGAAAUCUAUAAAAGACAUGAUCACCAACCAAGACGAGCGCAUUUCCAAGCUGGAGCAGCAGAUGGCAAAGAUCGCGGACUGAGCGGGGCGAGCGCUGGCCCUGCCGCCAGCCCAGGCACAUUCCAGUUACCCAGUUCGGCAAGCAGCAACGUGCAGCAUUCCAGUACGAGCUUUCCUGUUCUCCUAAAUUCACGUCAACGAGAGCCGAUGAUUAAAAGCCAAGCUUUUUAGUGAAACAUUUUUUUUUUCCUGAUGUUUUAAUGAAUUUCUGUGACUGUGUCAAACAAGUCAAAAAGAAUAAGUGCUACUUUUACAGUCUUUUUUUUUUUUUUUCCAGAUGUUACGAAUUCUUGAAAACAAAUCCAUUCUGACUUUCAAUGUUGUGCCCAAAUAUCUUUUUCUAGAUGUAGGGACCAAUGCCACAUUUGUUCUUAACCAUUUUUUAAAGUUGCCAAAAAAACACAACAAAAAAAAAAAGUUGCUUUUUAUUUUUCUUAUUUGC